UCUCCUUCUCCUUCUCCUUCUCCUCUUCCUCUGCCUCCUCAUUGCUUCUCACCCGUUUGCUUUCAACGAUUUCAUCGUCUUCAUUACUCCAAUUGGUGUUCAUCCUUUUUUGUGCCAUAUUAACAAAGGAUAGUCAAAAGAAAAGAAAAAAAAGCUAUGCUGAGUCGCAGAAAUACUUCCUCAGUUCUCGUGCUUCUCGUUGCUACAGCUUUAGCUUCGACUUCCAAUUCCCAUUCCAGAGCCUCGUCCGUAUUUUCUCAGAUUGUGAUUAAAGAAGCUCCAUCCGGAAAUGCUACUGGAGAUGCAGACGUCUGCUCAGGGCUACUAGGUCGACAAGAAUGUGGAUUUGUAGGCAUCACCAAGGAUGGCUGCAUCCAGCGCCAGUGCUGUUGGUCUCCUUCCAAAGCGCCCGUACCCUGGUGCUUUAAGAAGAAGGAUGUAGACUAUGUUAGUACAACAGAGAUUGCUGCUCGGCGCGACUGUGGCUACAUGGGCAUUAAUGCUCAGGAAUGCUAUUAUCGUGGAUGCUGCUGGGACUCGACUGCCAACAAUUUGAACGCACCGUUUUGCUUCUUGAAGCAACAUGCCUGCAAAGGAUAUGGUGUUAAGAAUGUCCAAGAGUCUGCUCACGGAAUCACGUUUGAUCUAGAGCUUCUUGGUGCCUGUGUACGCUUUGGAGAAGAUGUAACCCUACUAACAGCCAUUAUUGAUUUCGAAACCGAGUCUCGUAUUCGUAUCAAAAUUGUCGACAAAAACUCGAAUCGUUAUGAGAUCCCAAAGGAAGCACUUCCCACUACAGAUUCAACCAUCCGCCAUGUAGGCAAGCGUGGGUAUACUUUCAAGUACAAUAAGUCUCCUUUCACAUUUUCCAUCAUUCGUAGCCAUGAUGGUGAAGUGAUCUUUGACUCCUCUGUUGCAAAUAUGGAUAAUUUAAUCUUUGAAAGCGACUACUUGGAAAUCUCAACUACACUUCCAGAGGAUGCCAAUAUUUAUGGCUUGGGUGAGGUUGUCGCAAGCUUCAGAAGGGACCCAAACGGAACGAGACAGACUAUGUGGAACCGGGAUGCUGCUACGCCCGUAAACCAAAACGUCUACGGAAGCCAUCCAUUUCACCUUGAAAUGCGCAAUGGUAAUGCGCAUGGUGUUUUCUUGAGGAACAGUAAUGGUAUGGAUGUGAUCCUCACGCCCAAAAAGCUCACUUAUAAAGCCAUUGGAGGUGUGUUAGACUUCACAGUCUUUAUGGGGCCUACGCCCAUUGAUGUGAUCAACCAAUACACAGAAGUCAUUGGACGCCCUCAUAUGCCCCCCGCGUGGGCUAUGGGGUUCCACCAAUCUCGAUACGGCUAUGGCAACAUUGAGGAUGUUAAUCAAGUAGUAUCUCGUUAUAGGCAAGAGAAUCUACCUCUAGACGGCGUGUGGAUUGAUAUUGACUAUAUGGACUCCUUCAAAGACUUUACUUACGACGAGACAAGGUUCCCCAAGGCCAAAGUCCGUGCACUUGCGCAAGACUUGCAAUCCAAUAAUCAAAGUAUGGUCCUAAUUAUCGAUCCUGGCAUUCCCAUCGCUCCUGGCUAUGAACCUUACGAUAUCGGUAUGCGUGAUGACGUGUUUAUUAAGACCCUGACAGGGAGACCAAUCGAAGGGCGUGUAUGGCCAGGGCAGACCUACUUUCCUGACUUUUUCAACACCAACGAGACUUGGAGAUAUUGGCAGGACCAGCUCGCAAAGAUACGUCAUGAUUUAGGCGAUAAUGUGUAUCCGUGGAUUGAUAUGAACGAGCCUAGCAAUUUUUGCAAUGGCUCAUGCACCAAAGAUAACUCUACAGCUAUUGAGAGAGGCGUUAAAUCUCUAGAGCGAGACGGCGCUGCAGGUCUGCCUCUCGCCCUCAAGUACCUGAUUAAUAAUGGUGGAUGUCAAGCACCUUUAGACGAGAAAACAAUAGCAGGGAAUGCGGUGCACAAGAACGGGCUUCGAUUGAUGGACACACAUAACCUUUAUGGCCAUAUGGAAGCAGCUGCAACGCACCAUGCACUUCUGCAGAUCAAGCCUAAUAAGAGGCCUUUCAUCUUAACUCGUGCAUCUUUCGCAGGCACUGGAGCUUUUGCCGCUCAUUGGACUGGCGACAAUUGGUCCCAAUGGGAUCAUCUCUACUACUCUAUCCCUGGUAUUUUAUCCUUUGGCCUUUUUGGUAUUCCUUUCACGGGCUCUGAUAUAUGCGGGUUCCUUGGCAAUGUAACAGACGAGCUUUGUCUCCGUUGGCAUCAACUUGGUGCUCUGGCUCCGUUCUCCCGUAACCACAAUGACAUCCAUGCAACUGAUCAAGAACCGUUUGUUUGGCCUGAUACAGUCCUCCCAGCUACGAGACAAGCACUGCGAAUUCGCUAUUCUCUGCUUCCAUACUACUAUACUUUGUUCGAACGAGCCCACCGCACGGGACAACCGCUUUGGCAGCCUCUGUUCUUUAAGUUUUCACAAGAUUCAGCGACACUCGAUAUAGAUAAGCAGUUUUUGUUGGGCGAUUCAAUCAUGGUUUCGCCAGUCUUGUCGCAGGGACAGAUCCAAGUCGAGGCUUACUUCCCAGGCCAUGAACGAUGGUUUGAUUUCACAACGCAUGAAUGUGUGAUGGAUCGAGACCCUAGUAACUCAACCAAACCCGGGGAGGAAAGGCCGCACCGGUAUCGUUUCUUGAAAGCUAAAGCUGGAGAGGAUCCUGUACCAAUGAGCAUUCUUGGCGGUAGCAUAGUUCCUAUUCAGAACCCACAGCUCAAUGUUGCAGCCACCCGCUCACAGCCAGUAUCAUUGAUUAUAGCACUGGAUGAGAAAGGGGGCGCCCAUGGGGAGAUGUAUGUGGAUGAUGGCGAGUCAGUCCAGAAUCAAUAUGAAGCUAGAGUGACUUUUAAGCUGACUGCCGGCGAACAGCUGGUCAGCCAUGUAAUUUUAAAAUCUCCUUCAAUAUCUGGUGGAGAUUUGAAUAAUAUGACUGCAACACAGAUGCAGGACUUUAAAGACAAGAUUAAUCAUGGAGAUAAGGUCGAAAAGGUCACUAUCCUCGGACUGAACUUUGCGAGCUUCACUGCAGAAAGAAAGGUAGAAGAUGGCACCGGCUCGCGCCUUGACAUGUAUGCUCAAGGAGAAGGCAGUAGGAUCCAGGAAAAAGGCCUUACAGUACAAAAGCACACUAAGAAAGGUGACAUUAUGGCAUUCUGGCGUUUGCUGGCGGUUCCUGAACGUGAUGGCAUGGAUGACACUAUCACAGAGAACAUUAGCUCCAAACAAUUUGAACAUCGUAGCCGCGGCCAAGGUCGCUUUGCAACCACGACCAAAUCGACUAUUACUACCACAGACAUCCGUGGCAAGAAGGUGGUUGCUGGCACUGCUGCGACGCUAUUGGAACUGAACAUCAACGGCAUAGUGAUACCGUUGGGCGAUGGUUUGAAUGGAGGUUUGAAUGGUAUUCAAGGUCAGGACCCUGUAACGGGCUGCUCAUGGGAGGUAAACCAGGGAGUUAAUUCGUUGACACUCACAGGCCUCAAGUUAGAUCUCUUUGUAGGAUGGUAUAUUAAUUGGAAAAUGGCAUAGAUAGGAGGAUAUGGUAUCAAUAGUUUACAGACAACUAUACAACCUUCUUUUUAUUUGAAGAAACACAUUAAAUAUAUAUCAAUAUAACUUU